UUUGACAACUGCCUGAAGAGUUUGUUUUAAUUCGCGAAAACCCUUUGAUUUAAGCUAAUAACCACGGAUUCACACUGAUAUCCAACGGCUUGGAGUGCAUUUAGCAUACGGUGUGCAAAACAACGUGCACAAUGUGGCCACAAACGUUGGAAAUGUCGCGGGACGAAUGCCGAGGCAUGCUGCGUCGACUUGAGCUUGAAUCCUACUCGCAUAUAAUAAGCGUUUUUCGCGCGCAAGGCUCGCUGAGCGAACCGAAGGGCAAAAUGCUGGAGGAACUGCGCCAACUUUUUCACAUAACUCCGGAGCGUCAUCGGGCGGAAGUGCGGCGUGCCGUCAACGAUGAACAACUCUGCACCAUAGCCGAAAAUGUCUGCGGUCCGAACACCUGGCAGGAAUGGUCUCGCGAGGGCCGUCGUCCGUAUCCGCUGCUGCCGCGCAUCAGUCCCCAAACGGCGCUCAGCAUUGUGGCCAACGAUCUGGCGGCGAAGGCGUGUCUGGAGAACGCGAAACUAUUGCCGCCCGCUGAAACGGGUGCCCACUAUGCCGAUGCCCUCAUCGACCAGGCCAACCUGAUGGCCCUGAAGCAUGGCCGGAACAGGGCCCAGGAGCCGACGCUAGUGAUCAUGGAUGAACCGUUCAAAGUACCCGAUGUGCCCAACGAGGUGAAGAAGGCCAUACAGAAGCGCAAGGAGAACGAGGGCAUCGAUGCCAAGCCCAACAAGAAGCGACACAUGCAACAGCAGCAGCAGCAGCAGCACGACAAGCUGGAGCAACAUCAUCUGCACCAGCAGCACCAGCAGCAGCAGCAACAUAUGCAGCUGCUGGGCCAGCUACCCGUACAGCUGAGUGGCCCAGAGGACGGUGAAAUGGUGCCAGUGGAACCGCGACCCAGUCCAAGGACGCAGCAGCAGCGCUUCUUCUACCAGCAGCAACAGAAGCACAAGCAGCGGCUGGCCAGCAAGCGGAAUUUGGCCAACAGCUUGGGGCCCUAUCCCGGUGCCAUAGCGGCGGGUAGAGCGGCAGCAGCGGCAGCCUCCUCAGACUCUGCGAAGCGAGUGGCAGCACCGGCCAAAAGCGGACGACGGGCACAGAAGCAAUUGCAGCAGCAGCAACAACAGAAGAUCCAGCAACACCAGCAACAGCAGCAGCAGCAACUAAAAGUAUUAUUGCCCGUACCGGAGGCGAUGGGCAAUCAUUUGGUGGUGCAACCCCACGUGGAAUACAUCCUGGACGAGGCACUCAAGUCGCUGGGUGCCGCCACAGCGACACCAACGUCCACGCCCAUAGCAACGCCAUCGCCCACAAUGACGGUGUCGCCACCCACGGGCUUCCUGAACAAACUGAAGCCGCUGCCAGCCACCAGAGUCGUCUAUGGCCCGACAUCAGAGAUGGGUUCACCCACAACGCCCGGUGCGACCAGUCGGGGCUUUGCCAACUCGCCAAUUGUCUUUAAAGAGAAACUGCAGCCGAGUGUGAUGCCCGUACAGGUGCAGGUGCAGAGCCACAGCAGCUCCGGACAGCUGUCCACGCCCGUCAAGAAGUUCAUUUUGGAGGAAACAGCAGCGGGGCCCCCAUUACCCUUGACGCCCACAUUACCCAUGCCCAUCUCGACGGCCAAUCUCCCGUUGGCGCCGCAAAUCAUCAGCGUCCAGCAGAUACCGGCACCGCCCAUGGGCGCCAAGCUGCGACCUGCCCUGGGACCUGCUCUGAGCAGCAGCAGCAGCAGCACCACCACCACCCUACUCCCACCCGGCACCAAGCUGACGCCGAAGAAGAUUAAUUUCCUGGACGGCACACAGCUUGAGGCCAAGCCCAAGAGCCUGCCCAGUUCGGCAGUGCGGCUGCUGCCCUACACGACGGAUGCGACGGGAGCCACUCCGUCCUCGCCGCAGGCCAUGUCCAGCAAUCUCAAGGAGCAGCCGCGGGGGACAGUGACGCCCCUGAGCAGCGCCUCCACGGUGAAUAUUAUCAAGAAUAUACCGGCCAGCAGCUUGAACAAUACGCUGAUCACACCACUGGCAACGCCCACGGCAACGGGCACGCCCAUCUUUCGGGCCAAGGCCACAUCUCAGCCGCAACAGCUGCCGCCGGGCAGUGUGACCCUCAAGGCGGCGGGCACGGUCACGGGCACUGCCAGCUCCGCCACAGGCGGCCCACAGAUACUGGGAAACAUCAAACUGACGAGCGGCACAGGGACGGGCAGUGCCCUCAACAUCAAGCAGGUGCACAGCAGCGCGUUGCGCAACAUCAAGAUCUGUUCGCCCAAUGGCAAGGUGUUCCUGCAGCCCGGCAAACUGCCCGCGGGCAGCAUCAUCCACAAGCUGAACAAUGUGACGGGUGGCGGCGGUACGACAACGACAGUGGCCACGGCCUCACUCUCGCCAACGGGAGCGCCCAGCUCACCGCAUCAGAGGAUCAGCAUACAGAAGAUGCAGAUACUGCCAGCGCCCACGCAAGUGAUGUCCAGUGCGGCGAUCAGCAGCAGCACCAACACGUUAACUGUGAGCAGCGGCAGCGGAACAUCCUCGAGCAGUGCCAAGCUGACGACAAAGCCCACCACACUGACAUUUUCCACUGGCGCUGGGGGCAAAAACAAUUUGGUAUUCCUGCCGGCCAGUGCGGCGAGCGGGAUGCGUGCCGUGACGCUGAGUACCAAGCCCAAGCCGAGUGUGCUGGUGAUUGGUGCCUCCACCUCGGCCUCAAUCGUCUCGCCAACGGCAGCCUCAGGCUCGCCCAAUCUUCUCACCGGCAGCAGCAGCAGCAGCAGCAGCAGUGGCAGCAGCUCCGCGAAGCCCAAACCGAAUCAACUGAUUACAGAGGACACGCCCAUCGACAUCAUCAAUAUGCCCAUCAUUGUGGCUGAUAAUGGAACGUCGACGACGACGGAGACGAAGGUGAAAUCCGGGCCACUGGUGGUGCUGAAUGCCACCGACUGGGAAAUGGAGCUGGACCAAGCGGCCACCAAGACGGUGAACACAACGGGUUCUUCCAAGCAGAGUCUCGAUGAUGAUGUCAUUAUCGAGGAUCUCGAUGUGGAUGAUGAUGAUGAUAUGGUGGCUGUGGAAGUGGAAACGGAACAGGAACACGACACGCUGGAGCUCAACAAUCGCAUCAUUGAACUGCAUCCAGAGGAUGACAGCGCCAUCGAGUAUGUGGACAUGGAUCUAGAGCAGCCCAUUGAGAUUGAGAGCACCAGCAACAUAUCCCCAGAGACGUCCCUGAAGGCAGCCAUCGUUUCGCAGGGGGGACAUCCACAGCAGCUAAAGACGAAGCAGCAGCAGCAACAGCAAAUGGAGCAACAGCCACUGGCCAGCACACUGUAGAGGCGCAGCCUAGCCUGCCUGUCAAAUCAUUAUUAAACGGAGUUGGAGAGGAACGCACAGCAGCAGUCGGAAUCGGAAUCGGUUUGAAUUAGGUUUAGUUUUUUUUCAGUCCUUAGUCUCAAUGUCGAGAUGUGUCUCUUAGAUUAUCUCGUGUCUUUUGGGGCAAAGUGCAAGAUUACCGUAUACACAAUUUUCUUAACUUGAAUGGAAAGCAAAGAGAAAAGCAAAACAAACGUUUUAAAUGGCCAAAAUCAUUUUUAGAAAUAUCCCCAAAACCCAAUUCGUUCUAAACAUUAUCUAUCGUAUAUAGUUAAAGGAAGGUUUUCUUUUUACGUUUAUAAAUAUAUUUUAAACCUCUCCCUCCCCCCCUUUCUUACUCUCUCUCUCUAUCCUGUACAUAGGGCCCCAUUGCCAUUGACGUCUAAAAUCCUUUUUUGCCGGGUAUUCCUACUCCCUGCAGAACAGAACAGAACAGAACCCUUAACUUGUAUUUUGUAUAGAUUGUACAUAGAGUCUACGAUUCAUUCAACCCUCACCUCACCCAUCAUCAACCAACCACACACAGUCCCAGCAAGCCCCCCACCCCCUAAAACAUCUUUUUUGCCUAGCAUAAUUUCAUUUUAGUUUAGUUCUUUAAGUUUACUAUCGAAAAUACACGCUAAAUAACAACAACAACAAACAACAACAGCAGCAGCCGCAGCCAGUAAGAAUGGAAAGUAAAAAUUGUUUCAAUGUUCAGAAGGAAAAAGAAAGAAUUAAUUCUUAAUUUGUUGUAUGAGAUUAUAGAGCCUAGACGACCCCUCUCCCUGCUUCCCCACACACGAAAUGUAAAUAAAAAAAAAUAUGAGUAGAUCAUUCGAAUGUCGAAAAUGCAAACAAUGCCCCUGCCCUGUAUAAUGCAUAAAUAUAAAUAUAUACAAAUGUAUAGAUUGUCCCCCCACAGACCCGUAGUUCCAUUUAGAAGUGGUUGGGACACAGCUUUUUGAAGGAAUUCAAGCCCCAAACACACAACAACAACAACAAAACAACAUCAAGAAAUGCUAGAUAUUAAGUAUUUUAUGGGUCGAUCUUUUGUCAUAAGAAAAUGUUGUAACUUUUAGACCAAAACGAAAAAUGGAGAUAAAACCCCUAAGAAAACCAACCCGCAACAAAAAAAAAGAGAAAAAAUAUAAACUUAAGAACAAAAAAAAAAAAAAGGAAAAAAACUCUUCUCUCCCUCCACACAGAGCAAAAGAGUAAUAAGUAAAUUAAUAUUAAAAAUAAAAAGAAAAAAAAUUAUAUUGUUGAACAAUUUGCGUGUCGCUGUACAAUUUUUAGCAUAGAAAUUUUAA